GCGUAACUCGAAACGACUUCUACCACGAGUCGCAGCGAUACAGUUGGGUGUGGUUUGCGCCCAGACAAACGUGGGGUAGGGCUGGUCGGAUUAUAAACGUCACGCUCCUGCGAAUCUCCUACAAUGGAGCAGGAACGACCACUCCAGCGUGCCCCGCCGCCUGCAUACACACAACACGAGCCCGAAUCGCUGCAUCUCCCUUCGGUACCGACGCAUAUUCCAAGCCAUGUCUCUGAUCACGCAAGGCUACCGGGCAUCAAGUCCCUGGACCUGCCCGACACCAAAGCGCGUCAUACUCCACACAACUCGAUAGAAUUCAGCCCGCGAUCGCAGUACGAUGCGUCGCAAUGGGGCAGGUUGCCAAUGCCAAACCAUGCGACUUUCCCAAGAGCGCCAGAGAGCCUACCGCGUGAGGACAUGGGAAGCCCUAUGGAUACAGCGAGUGUGCGCAGCGAGAACACGAACAGGCGGGAGACAAGUGUCAGUAUGGAUGAUCCCGAUGUAAGGCUGGCAGCCGAGGCGCUCAGUGGACUCGGGAAUCCAGACUUUGUUCGCUCGCCGACAGCACGAUCCCUUACGCUCUCUGCCCGCGAAUCUACAACUGAGCCUCCUGAACCGCUCCUCUCCCUGAUCACGUCGAACCACCCAUGGCUUGGGAGCGGUAUCAACGGCUCUAUCUCAGCCUAUAAUACGACUAAAGGAUACACUCCGCGACUCGUCCAAUACGGCGCUGAGCUCAUCGAGCGCAACAUUGGAUCGCCAAUGGUCAAUACGGUGUCAUCUGUGGGUAGAAGGACAGGCAUGGAGAAGAGUUUGCGACGAUACCUGGGAGACAGACGACCCAGCGACCUCGAGCAAGGUGAUGGCGAGAGUUCCAGAAGUAAGAGGCAAAGGAUUGCUAGUCCGGCAGACGAUGCCAUGGAUGUCGACGACGCGCUUGCGGCAGCGUCACGAACUAGAGGCGGUUCACAAUCAUCAUGCACCGAGUCGCUUCCUGCAUACGAUGAUCAGCGCUCUCCAAACUAUGAAGAGGCAGUCUUCUCUGGACAGAACACGUCGCAAAAAUCGCCAGAACAACGCUCAAACACCCCGCAAGAUCGGCGCGUGAACUGGUCCACGCAGCUUAUCAUGACCACCUCCGGUCUCGGUGUCGCGCUAUCGGAGACAUCCCUACGCUCCUUGAAGCUUUGCCUUGGCCUCCUUCGCGGUGCGACGACUCACAUCGACUCCGUCAUGCGCGCGCUCAAGCUUGUGCUUGAAGAGUACGAAACCGCCCUCAACAAUCAAAGGCAGUCGGGCAGCCAAGAUGAGAAGACGCAACUCAAUGGCAACAUGGCCCAAAUGGGCCUUGCCGACACCGCGGACAAAGACGACCAAGUCCGCAAGAUUGCCGACCGUAUCAAGGCCCUAUCGUCUGAUAUCUGGCAAACGCUGCAAUCCGUCGUUCAAUCGGUUUCCCGCUAUACGGGCGGUGCUCUCCCGCAAAACGCCCAGACAGUCGUUCGCACUCAAUUACUCUCUGUACCUCAGAGAUGGCAGCUCGCGGGUCGCAAUGCGAACAAUGAGCACGCGGGGGGCGAUGAGGUUAGAGGCGCAAACCGCAUGUUGGCGUUUGCUAAGGAAGGAUUGGAUAUGAUGGGUCAGAUUACCACUGUUGUUGAUGGUACGGUACAGAGUGCAGAGAGUUGGCUUGCCCGUAUUGGACGGAGGCCGCAGGGUGAGUCGAGCAGUGCUGGUGGUCAGAGUCAAGAGCGGAGGGAGAAGACGCCAGCUGCACUUGAAGCCGGUAUGCAGGUGGAUGAGAAGAGGUAGGUGUGAGACAUUCAGGCUUUUGGGCGAGUGUCUGGUAUUAAGGAUUGGGAGUAACUGGGUAUGUUAUGAUGAGGAUAGGAAGGGAAGACGAAGAUGUAUGAAUUGGCGAAGACGGACGGAUUGAAACAGGAUGCACUUUUGGACCUACGACUACAACAUACCCAAACAAUAGUUUCCUUGUGUCAGUU